AUGGACUCACUCGGCCUGCCACAGCCAAUGGCUGAUCAAAACAAUUGCAAGGAGGACCUGAAUGACAAAGAUGGAAAAAAGACAAAAGAGAUCAAAGCGAGCCCUGCACACUCCACUGUGGCUUUGAUUGAGGAGGAGCCGGAGGACGGAGACCCCUGGGACCUGCCGGAGCUGAAGGACACGGGGGUCCCAUGGUCAGCUCUGGAUACCAAGGGGAAGGUGUUGAGAGUGGUCGUGUCGGUGGGGAAGUUCAUCCUGCUGCUGGGCUUCCUCUACAUGUUCAUCUGCUCUCUAGACAUCCUCAGCUCAGCUUUCCAGCUGGUUGGAGGUAAAGCAGCAGGAGACAUCUUUCAGGACAACACAGUACUGUCCAACCCUCUGGCUGGUCUGGUCAUCGGUGUCCUCGUCACCCUGCUGGUCCAGAGCUCGUCCACUUCCUCCUCCAUAGUUGUCAGCAUGGUCUCCUCUGGAUUGCUAACUGUCCAGCUGGCUGUUCCCAUCAUCAUGGGCACCAACAUCGGUACCUCUGUCACCAACACACUUGUUGCCAUGACGCAGGCUGGUGACCGCAGCGUCUUUCGCAGGGCUUUUGCAGGAGCCACAGUGCACGACUUCUUCAACUGGCUGUCUGUGCUGGUGCUGCUGCCUCUGGAGGUCGCCACUGGUUAUUUGUACAUAGUCACCAAGCUCAUCAUCGACUCCUUCAAUAUUCAGAGUGGAGAGGCCCCAGACCUGUUGAAUGUGAUUACUGAUGUCCUCACUGAGUCAAUUAUACAGUUGGAUGAGUCUGUCAUUAGUGGGAUCGCCACCGGUGACUCAGAAGCCAGGAAUAAGAGUCUUGUCAAGAAAUGGUGCCAAACCUUCACCAACACUACCUUAAAGAACGUCACAGUUCCUGGUCCGGAAAACUGCACGUCUCCGUCUCUCUGCUGGGUUGAUGGCAACUACACCUUCACACUGAAGAACAUUUCUGAAACGUUCAAUAUACAGAAAUGUAAGCAUCUCUUUGUGGAUGUGAAUCUGCCUGACCUGGCAGUGGGUCUGAUCCUGCUGGCUCUGUCUCUGCUGGUGCUCUGCUCCUGCCUGAUCCUGAUCGUGAAGCUGCUCAACUCCAUGCUGAAGGGACAGGUGGCUUUAGUCAUCAAGAAGAUCCUUAACACUGAUUUCCCUUUCCCAUUCGGAUGGGUCACAGGUUACAUUGCUAUUGUAGUCGGAGCUGGGAUGACCUUCAUCGUACAGAGCAGUUCGGUUUUCACCUCAGCCAUUACUCCACUUGUUGGUAUUGGUGUCAUCAGCAUAGAAAGAGCAUACCCACUGUCUCUGGGUUCAAAUAUUGGCACCACAACCACAGCCAUCCUGGCAGCUAUGGCUAGUCCUGGAGACACACUGGCUAAUGCUCUACAGAUUGCCCUCGUGCACUUCCUGUUUAACAUCUCUGGCAUCAUACUGUGGUAUCCAAUCCCCUUCACCCGCGUCCCCAUCCGCCUGGCAAAAGGCCUGGGGAACAUCACCGCCUCUUACCGCUGGUUUGCUGCUGUCUACAUCAUCUGCUGCUUCUUCCUCUUACCGCUCUUCGUCUUCAGCCUGUCGCUGGCGGGCUGGCAGGUACUGGUGGGCGUGGGUGCACCUCUAAUCUUCAUUUUGAUCGUCAUCAUUGUGAUCAACGUGCUGCAGAAAAAGAGGCCUGGGUGCCUGCCGGCAGCACUGCGAUCCUGGGACUUCCUCCCUCUCUGGGCCCACUCCCUGGCUCCCUGGGACAAAGUGGUUGGUGUGAUUACUGCCAAAUGCUGUUGCUGCUGCAAAUGCUGCCAGAUAGCCACUGACGAAGAACCCAAAGAGAAAGAAUCCGUGGAAAAGAACAACAAAUCACACACAGAGGUGUAUGAUAACCCUGCCAUGAGUGCAGAGAAGGAGGUGGAAAAUGAGAUAAAUUUAGAGCUCAAGAUUCUUAAAAUGACCCGUCUUUGA